ACAGGUUAGUGCGGACCAAUCAGAUCUCCUCUGGCAGAAUUCUGACCAAUGAGGAGCGGAGGGGGCGUUUCUGACUUUCGUCUCCUCUGGCGUGCGAACCACAACAAACGGCGACGACACAGCGGAUGGCAAACAAGUCAGAAUAAAACACAACACAGACAGCUGCAGCUAUGGGCAAGUCCCAGUCACACUUGGCCAAACACAAAGAUGAGAGUCAAGACGCCCUGACGGCUGCUGGCGAGUACAGAGACAGCCAGACAGAAGAGGAUGGAAAGAACGGAGACGUAUCUCAGUUUCCCUAUGUGGAGUUUACUGGACGGGACAGCGUCACAUGCCCCACAUGCCAGGGCACCGGCAGAAUCCCACGUGGUCAAGAGAACCAGCUUGUGGCUCUGAUUCCAUACAGCGACCAAAGGCUCAGACCAAGCAGGACAAAGCUGUAUGUCACGAUAUCAGUGGCUCUCUGCCUGCUGCUGUCUGGACUGGCUGUUUUCUUCCUAUUCCCUCGCUCCAUUGAUGUCACCUAUGUGGGAGUGAAGUCUGCCUAUGUCUCCUAUGAUCAGGACAAACGAAUUGUCUAUCUCAACAUUACAAACACUCUGAACAUCACCAAUAAUAACUACUAUGCCAUAUCUGUGACCAACAUCACAGCACAAGUGCAGUUCUCCAAGACGGUGAUAGGCAAGGCCAAGUUUAGCAACAGCACAGUGAUCAUACCACUGGAUGAACAGCAGAUCGACUACACAGUUCCCACCACCAUUGCUGAUGAGAUGAGCUAUAUGUUUGAUUACUGCACCUUGCCAACCAUCAAAGUUCACAACAUAGUCGUCAUGAUGCAAGUGACAGUGACAACAUCGUACUUUGGCCAUGCAGAGCAGGUUUCCCAAGAGAUGUACCAGUAUGUGGACUGUGGGGGAAACACCACCUCCUUGCAUGGGCACGUGCAGGUCUACCAGUAAGGCAAGCAAAAGAACCCAUGCAUCAGAUGCUGCUGUGACUGAGAUCACAGGGACUGACUAGGCGGACCUCCACACUAGGAAAUCUUUGCUCAGUGACAAUGGAAUAAUGUUCUCAAAUUAGUCAAAGUGGCUCAUUAUCCAUUUUUAAAUUCUCUUCCACCUUAUACAUGUCACAUAAGUUUAGAUUAGACAUUUUGCUAUACAACCUCCAACUGACGGCUUGUUACCUUUUAACAAAGCUAUCUUACCUGCCCAAAUUUUGCAGAAUUUGCCUCGAGGUUUACCGUCUUUUCCCAGUCUGGUGCAAACAGAACACACUGAUAUGAUUUAUUAUUCAGUUAUUUACUGGAAGGUUUUCCCACCACAUCAUUUCUCCAUACUAACAUUACUGGAAUCAGUAGUUUUAGUUAUGAUGCACUUUAGCCUGAUCCUUAUCAAAUGAAAGUAACAUGAAUGUUGUUUGAGUACAGCGGGAAUGCUGCAUCUGCUAACACCCCCUCCUACUCUACACCACUUUUAAAUAAUUUUACAGUAAAUAAGGUGUAAGAAAUAUCUUACUUUUUCGACACAGUGAAAAUUAAACCACUGAGCAGUCCCUAACCACUUCUUUCUGCCCCUUUUUCAUUCCUUCAUACAAGUUGCCUUUCUUUUUUUUAUUUUUUUUUUUUUAGUUUGUUUCAUGAUUCAUGGUUCUUGAUAUUGUAUAGUGCAAUAUAGAUGACUUAUUAUCUCUUGUCAUUGGUUUGUUUUUUGGCUCAGAGUUUGGUACUUUCAGCUUUAGUAAUGGGAGUGUAAGUCUUACGUUCAUAAUUCUGCUGUGUGAUUUAAAGGCAAAUGUGACUGCUGUGUUACAUUAAUAUUUUACUGAAUGAUUAAAACCUUUAUUUUCUGUUUAAUAAUAAAAAUAACUUUGUAAAAGGGAUAAUAUUUUUUAUUUUUAAUGGUAAAUACAGGAGCAUUAGAGUGGGCUAUAAAAUAGAGCAGUGUAUAAAUGCAAUUAAGUAUGAAUUUUAUUUCCGGCUUGCUUUAGAACAUGCUAUAGCAAGAAUACUUUCUGACCUGGGAGCAACUUUCUUCCCUUUAAAGAGGUUGUUCUCUUUUUGUGGGCUAUGGUGUCAUUUACUGUACUAUGUGUGCAAUUUUGAUCCACUUUGCAUCUGUAACUUGUGUCAUGAGUUUACUCCUAUUCCUGAGGUUUGAAAUGAUCAUGACUUCCUUUCUUUUGUCACUGUAUUGUUUCUGAUGUGUAUUUAAUUGUUCUCAUAUUAUUUGACACUUUUAAACACCACAGAUUGUGUGCACUAUAGAGUUUUUGUGUGACAGCAGAUGCCCAUUACGCUUGAAUUGCUAAAAUAUAAUUUUUUAAAACAUAAGUGCAAAGUUUCUGAUCUAGGUUAAUUUGUGAUAAUUUGGUAAGUUACGUAACACACAAAGUGUAAAUUUUCCUACCAUUUUUACAAAAUAAUCAUAAGAAAACUGUAAGACUAACUAUAGCCUUGUUGAAAUUUGAUGACAGUGAAGAUGUGAAUACUUCGCUGCUACUUUCUAACAUCCACAAGUGGUUUUGUGUUUUUCAUGCAUGAAGCUGAAAAUAAAAUCAUUGCUUAGUUUUGAA